UGCUACUAACAAGUAAAUAUGAGCGUUGACCUUGAUUCUUUCCAUCCUCCCAAGAACCUCCCUCUCAAAUCUCUCCCAAAUUCCCAAAUCCGGAAGCACCCUUCUUGGCUUUUAAUCUCUUUUGCGUUGAAACCUUUCUCUUAACCUCCAAAUCAGGGGCAGACACAAAAAGAAAGGAGAGAUGAGUGAGUCUGAAAAUUUUGGACAUGAGCAUCCCCUGGUGUUGAAUGAAGGGCAGAGCACGCCCAGUGAAGAAGCUUACUGCUCAAGGUGUGAGGAGGAGGUGACACUGUCAGCUCCAAGUUUUAGCUGUGUGGAGUGUGGGUUUUACCUCCAUAAGAGAUGUGCUGAGGCACCCCUGGAGAUCAAUCACCCUUUUCAUCCCAAGCAUCCUCUCCUCCUCCUGCAAAGUUCACCUUAUGCUCCGGGGUUAGACUGCAUUUGUGAUUUUUGUGAUGAGAUAUGUGAGGCUUCCAUUUAUCAUUGCUCUUGCGGAUUAGACUUUCAUAUCGCGUGUGCUUUAUUUACAUAUAAUAUUGCUCAACAAAAUGUUGAAGAGCUUCAACAUGUUGCUCUUGAAGAGCCAUUGAUUUCCACCGAAAACGAUGGUGAAAAACUUGAAAGUUUUCAUUGUUUCGGGUGUUGGAAACCGUUGCUAAGUUCUACCUACUUUUCUCUUGAUUGUGGAUUCCAUCUCCAUAAAAAAUGUGCUGAAUUACCUCUCAAAAUCAAUCAUAUGUGUCACCGCAAACAUCCUCUUGUUCUACAAUUUAAUAGUCUACGGCUUUCUUGCAACAUAUGCGAAGAAACCCGACGAAGAGGAUUUGUUUAUUGUUGUUUGCCUUGCAAGGUUGCUGUUCACAUUGAGUGUGUAUCAACCGCACCCCCACCCAUCAUUGAAGAUAAAAGUCAUCAACACCCAUUCACCCUGUUUUGGAUACAAUUCCCUUUCAUUUGUAGUGCAUGUGGUACUGAAGGAAAUUGUGCUGCCUACAUGUGUAGCACAUGCAGCAUUAUAGUUCAUAAAAAAUGCAUUUCAUUACCACGCAUUAUCAAACACAAGUGGCAUCACCAUCGCAUUUUUCACAAAUAUUUCCUUCAUGAAGACAAUUUUGAGAGUUGGGAUUGCAUAAUUUGUCAUGAAGACGUCAAUGCAGCGCACGGCUGUUACUUUUGUUCAGAUUGCAAAAUUACUGCCCAUGUGAAUUGUGCAACAAAGGAAAAAAAUUGGUAUUAUGAAGUCUCACCAGAAAAUCAAGAUGAGGAAUCUACGAAUAGUUUGGCACUUUUGCCUGGUGAAUCUAUCGACUCCAUCACUUGUGUUAUUGAGAGGAAUGAUGCUGGAGAAGCCACAAAAAUAAAACAUUUCAAGCAUAUGCAUGAGUUGAUGUUAAGUGAGAAAAUUGCGGAGUAUGAUAAAUAUUGUGAGGCGUGCAUGUUACCUAUCUCAGCUUCCUUUUACUAUUGUUUAGAAUGUGAUUUCUUUCUUCAUAAAGCCUGUGCUGAAUUACCUAAGAUGAUGAAGCAUGUUUGGUUUCAUUAUUGCCAGCAAAGUUCCUUCAUCCUCAUUUCUGACUGCAUUUUUAGAUGUGAAUCAUGUCGUUACCUAUCCAAUGGCUUUGCCUAUAGAUGUAACGAAUGUGGCGAUCGUGUAUGCCUUCGAUGUAUGUCUCUAACUCCUGAUACUCUAACAUGUCAAGGACAUAAACACCCCCUCCUUCUUUAUGUCGAGUAUGAAGGGAAGUGUUGUGGUUGUGGUGAUGACAUGGAUGAAGGAUACUGUUGUAAGGGUUGCAAUUUUGCUUUAUGUGUGACAUGUGUUGCUCUACCAACUACAACUCGACACAAAUGCGAUGAACAUGUUUUUGUACUCACUUAUAAAGAUGAUAAUGAUUAUUCAGAAUGUCAUUAUUGUGACAUUUGUGAGGAGAGAAGAAAUUCAAAUUAUUGGUUUUAUCAUUGUGCAACUUGUGAUACUUCUGCUCAUAAGGAUUGUGUUCUUGAAGACUAUCGAUAUAUCAAACUCGGGAGUACCUACAAAGAAGGAGAUCAUCCACAUCCUCUCAUCUUUGUGAAGAAGAUUUAUUACUACCCUCAAUGCAUUGAAUGUGGUGAGCCUUGUAAAGAAUUGGCUCUUGAAUGUGCUACUCUUGGAUGUAACUAUAUUGUCCAUUGGAAAUGUACAGAACCAAUUGAUCUAUGAGAGUAAUUCUCUUCUUGAGAAAAGGCAGGACAGAAGUGUUAUUGGUCAAGAUACUUGAAAACUUCCACUUAAUUUGCAAGGAAACCCAGGCAGAGUAUGGUCCAUACUUUGUUACUUGUCAUGCUUGUUAUUUUUGUAAUUAUAACUUAUUUUUCAAUUAUAAGUUUAAAUGUAAUGUAGGCAUCUGAACUUAGAAUGUGUGAGGUUUGGAUUGCUUUUGUUUAUUUAGUCUAGAAAUUCCCUUUAAUUUGACAGUGUGAUUGUAAUGACAAUA